CUCUGUAUGUUUCUAUCGUGCACACAGCAGACUCUCCCCUCUCUCCCUCGUAGUGUGCUGGACCUACAGGCGGCAGGUGUGUGCAUCCACUGUCCGCGGAAGCUUUUCUCACUUAUUUGGGACCGAUUUUGGAUACAAAACCGAGACGAUAACUCACACUGUAAGCACUGUAUAAUGUGGCUGUGAGGAUGUUGCAGUGAUAGACAGCAGAGCAGCUUCCCCACUGUAUCGCGCUCAGCCGGCAUCGUCAGCUGUUGCUCUAGCCGAGAGUGGAAGUGUCGCGAGCGAACUGAACAAAAAAGGCCAAACUAUGCGACUGACUUUCUGCCGGUAACCGUUUUACACCUCAAGUCGACCAGGGAGCGGAUGCGAGCAGACGUUGCCAACGAGCCUCGGACUAUUUUCUGCUCUUUGUCGGUGCCGGAGGAGCCGUGCCAAUGGAGAAAGCAACUCCGCCGCCGCCCCAGCCCCAGCUCCAGCUGUCGAUAGCGAAGACGGAAAGUCCGGCGGAGGACGUCUCCGGCCUGACCGACGAGGAGCUGCUCAAGUGGGGCAAGGAGGAUCUGGUGCGGCGGCUGAGGCGGUCCGAGGCCGACAAGAUGAGCGUGAUUCUGGACCACGGGAAUCUCAUCCGAGAGGUCAAUCGCAGCCUCCAGCUGCACUUGAACGAGAUCAGGGGGCUGAAGGAUAUUAACCAGAAGCUGCAGGAGGACAACCGCGAGCUGCGGGACUUGUGCUGCUUCCUGGAUGAUGACCGCCAGAAAGGCAAGCGUGUAUCCAGGGAGUGGCAGCGCUUAGGACGCUACAGCGCCAGCAUCAUGCGCAAAGAGGUGUCCCUCUACCUCCAGAAACUCAAGGAGCUGGAGCUUCGGCAGGAGGAGGUCAUCCGGGAGAAUUUGGAGCUGAAGGAGCUCUGCCUGCUGCUUGACGAGGAGAAGGGGGUGGUAGGUGGAGGAAGUGGCGGUGGCGGAGGAGGAAGCAUAGGGGGAGGGAGUGUAGGGAUGGGAGGGUGCCGCAAUUCCAUCGACAGCCAGAGUAGUCUGCUGCUGGUGCCCGGGCAGGGGCUCCUGAUGAGAGACGUGGGGGACGGGAGCAGCACCUCCAGCGCAGGAAGUGCUGACAGCUCGGAUCACCUUCACCACAAGCAGCCUCACCUGGCUCCAGGGGUGGGUGGGGUUGGGAGCGGUGGAGAGAAAGGGAGCCCGGAGCUGGUGCACAAACCCAGGUGUAGCAGCAUCAGUGGAAUAGGAGGCGGGGGAGACAGAGAUGUGUCCAGCCCUGAACACCCUGUUGGACGCCACAGGAGUACCAGCCUGGAGUACCCGUACACCCUGCCCCAGCUCUGUCGCCCCCGCUGCGGCUCCAUAUCCGUGACUGACCACAGUCGAGUCAUGCGGGGCCUCAGCCCGGAAAAAUACGGGCGGAACGUGGGCCGACGCAGUCCGGAGCAGCACCCCAAGCACCACACCUCUGACCUGCUCCUGGGCCAGAGGCAGCACUUCCUGGGUCAGGGGGGCAGCGGGGAGCUCUAUCAGAGGCACCACAGGAGCAGCAUCAGCAGUUUGGGCUGCGGGAGCCCCGAGCCCAGGCAGGCACAUUUAGGGGCCCCAGAGCACCACGAAAAGGGAUGCGUGGUCCAGGGGGGCAGCCCUGAAUCUCAUAGGCACCAGUACAGUCUGAGCCCCGACCAUGUGAAGUUCGGCAGCCCGGUGAGAGACGGGCAGAGGAGGCCGGCUGGAGACGAGCUGUCGCCAAACCAUCGGGGCAUCUACAAUGGCAUGAAUGGUAACUUUGAUAUCAGCCGGCUGCUGCACCAACAACUGUAGAAAUGUCAAGCUAUGGGACAGCUUUGAUGCAUCCUCUUGACCCACACCUGACCAGCUAGGCUCCUCAUACGGAGGGGGGGUCACAGUGGUCCAGCCCUCCUGCGUCUCUGGCCUUGAUAGAAACGAGGACCGCCGGACGCCUUCCUCCAGGACUGAGAACGGUCCGUCCUCCAUGGCCUCUUCCAUGCCCUGAAACUGACUGCCUCCAUGUUUUCAUUUCUACAUAUCGAGAGUUUGAGAGACACGGGGGGAGUUUUGGUGGAAAUGCUAUUAGUACGGUUGGUAAAACUCACGAAGACUGCCGCAGCUAAAUGGAUUAAAGUGGAUAUCUCUCCCUUCCAACUGUGACGUGGCUACCUCCUGGACAGUACCCAGAAAAAAGGGGAGAGACGCUGGGGGUGGGUGAGAGAAGAUGUAAAGGACUGCACUGUAUGUGCCACUACCCUCUGUUUACAAAUGUUACACCAUUGGUGGAGAAGCACAUAAAUGAAACUUUCUAUACCCUGCCGGAUUCAUUUCCCCUCCCUGUUUAUCCGCUCUCUGCCUCCCUUCCUUCAUCUUCAGAGUGUGUAAUGGGACUGGUGUAAUCUAAUGUUCUGUCUCUUGCUCUCCACAUACAGCGGAUCACGUGAUUGCCAAUGUCUUUAACGUUUUCAGCCAUUUCAACUGAAUUUAAAAACAAAAGCAUAUUUGUCAAAGAUGUUCUAGCAAAGAAAAGAAAAAAACCUCUUCCUGUGUCUUAAACCGAGAUGGUCAUCAUUACUAGCUGCUGACAGAUGUUCUAGUUCUAUAAGAUGCAAUGUUCAGGUGUAACUUUUCUUUUUUGUAUUAUCUUCUUUACUCCCUUGUAGCGCUAUAUUGAAGCUGGGGAGAAGAUUAUACAUAUGUUGUUUUUUACAAGGAAGUAAAGUCCAAGUAAAAAGUAGAUUAUUGGAUUAGUUUUCUAUAUAUCUAUAUAUAUAAUAAAAUAUAAUAUGAUUAUUAUUUUUUGACUUACUGGUAUUAGAACUAUUAUAUGAAAAUGCAUAUGAUAUAUCUAUCAAAUAAUAAACAGACUUCUUUAUGUAAAAGUGUAUCACUUGUUUAAGGUUUUAUUUCAGUGAACUAAAAUGACUUGAGUGCGUGCAGCAUUGACCCUGCAGCCAAAGGUCUCAUUGGAGUGGUGUAAAGCCCAUAAAAAAAAUCUAUAAAUCAACCACAAUGACAAAAAAAGGUGAAGAAUAAGUUGUUUAUCAGUUGUUGCAAUAUCUGUGCUGAAGAAUAAACCAAUUUCACUAAGUGCUAUUAAAAAAACAAGACAUUCUGAUGAAGUUAAACAUUAAAGCUCGAGCAAAAACACAUCCUGACCACCACAUGGUAAACAUCACAUGUUGCCGUGUCUCAUCCUGUCAGUUGGGAGACAAUAGAGUCAAACAGGAAAACAUUUCCUGUUAAGUCACGGGGACUUCCUGUUCGCCCGUCACCUUCCCUCACAUCCUGACCAACAGGCUAAAUCCAGUUGUGCUCCAACAUCUGCUACGCUACUAAGGACUUCCGACACACCGUGUGUGUGUUUAGUAUUUGGUCAAAUGGCAACGCUGAAAAUGUAUUUUCCACCAAAAUCAAUGCGCAAGUUAAUUUCUUUACUUUAAAAAUCCACAAUCACACCCAUUUCGCUGGCACCAAAUGUAUUUAUUCCUAAUGAAUACGUUAAUCUUUACAAACAGGUAAUACAUAUUGUGUUUAUUUUUAAAUAAUGACUGAAUCAUUUCCGUAAAAAGCUGGGCACUGUUGUUUUUAGAAAACAAUACUACAAGAGUAACUAGCGCAUUCAUUGGGGACUAUUUCCAGCUGCGGAUUAAUGCACAUUGGGUAUUUAUUUGGUCUAUUUGCUUGAUUUGAAAUGAACUAGUUCCCAUGUUUCUUUUUAAUGAGAGAACAUGUAACGCAGUGCAAGUGUGGCUUUUUUGUUUGUAUGUUUAAGCACAAAAACAGAGCUCUGCAGCACAGAGCAGUAAGAUUCAGGCUUUG